CUCUUCAAGCGCCCAUUCAACCAACAGUACUCUCUCUCCCACCUCACUCUCUCUCUCUCAGCAAAAUCAUGGCGACGGAGACCGACCUUGAACCUCAACAAACUCCAAUGACGGACGAGCAGCCGCUUCCCUUCUCCCUCCCACCGUAUCCUCAGAUGAUCAUGGAAGCGAUCGAAGCAUCAAACGACGUGAACGGAUGCAACAAAACGACGAUCGCUAAACACAUCGAGUCAACACAAACCACACUACCGCCGUCACACAUGACGCUCCUCACCUACCACCUCAACCAGAUGAAAAGCUCCGGCCAGAUCGUGAUGGUGAAGAACAACUACAUGAAACCAGAUCCGCAUGCUCCUCCCAAGCGCGGCCGUGGCCGUCCUCCCAAAGCGAAGCCGGCGCAGGGAGAUUCGAGCCACGUGGCGACUGUUCCAGCUCCUUCCUCGGUUUCUUCGCCGAGGCCUAGAGGUCGUCCUCCGAAGGCGAAGGAUGCUUCUUCGUCGGAGGUGGAGACGAAGGUUGAAGCAGCUCCGAGUGGUGGAGAGAGGCGAGGACGUGGAAGGCCACCGAAGAAGCAGAAGACGGAAUCUGAGGAGGUUAAGGAUGAUGUUGAACCUGCGGAGGCGAAGGCGAGUGGUGGAGAGAGGAGAGGACGUGGAAGGCCACCGAAGGCGAAACCUGCGAUGGUGCCUGUUGGUUGUUGAAGUUGAGGGUUAAGCGAAUCGAAUUAAGCUUUGAUUAGAAGCUUAAGCAAGAAAAAAAUCUAAAAAAGAGAGUUUCUUUUAAAAAAUAAUUAGUAUUUUUCUAAAGUCGAGUUUAAUGGUUAAUUGUCUGUUAUUUUUAAUUUUAGGGGUUGAGUAGAGAGAAAAAAAGGUGUUUAAGAGAAUGUAAUUCGAGUUUGCAUGUGGUUGUUGUGUGUGAUGUAUAAAUUUCGGGUAUUUCUUUACCCUUUUUCUAAAGUAACGCUUUUGUGGAAAAAUUAGUAUUUUAUUAUGAGUGAAUUCAGGAAAGUUAAACUCAAAAAGAAUGU